AUUUCUGCAAAGUGCAGAUAUUACAGAACAUAAGAGUAAUUUAUCGUUUGCAAACUUAUAGGUUAGCUAUAGUAGCUCUUUGCCUUCAUGUUUAGCUACUAGCUUGUGCACUUUCGAUACAACAAGCUUCUUUUGAGUACAAGAGUGCAAAGACGAUGGUUUUAGCGUAUGACAUGAGUGCCUAGCUCCAAUAAGACAUCAUUGAUGUAGGAACUUUAUAUUUGGUCCUGUUAUUUGUUACAUGUCGGAACUUCUACACACAACUGUUUCCCAUAUAUACAUCUGUCGAGUUUUGAAAUAUUGGCCGAUUUCCUCAUAUAUAUAGUGUAUCUUAGUAUUUGGUAAUACAUCUGUGUAAUAAUUCAUGGGCUCGUUUGGUACUCUUGAUUGGAAGAAUGGAUAACCCGCUAAACUAAAGGUAUGUUAAAGGGAGAAACUAUAAAAUUAUAACCACCUAGGAGAAUAAAAGAUGGAUUACUCGAUGAAAUAAACGUAUCCGUUCCAGUCGUUUUUAAAAGUGGUGGGAUUAGAAGGGAUGAAUUUCCUUAAUAGCUAAUCCUAUCCUAAUCCCUCCAAAUGAAAAUUCAUUCAUUUUCACGUUCAAUAUACAUUGAAAUUUGAGACUUCUCCAUUCCAACUCAAUCAUGUUUACCAAACUAGUCCUAUGUCCAUAUAUGACGGGAUCUAGAUAUGUAAUAAACUAGGGGCGGUAGGUUUUGACAUGACAUGAACCUAACACGAGUUUGACGGGUUAUCAGGUUUGAGUUAACAAACAAGGUUUUAGUUCAUCAGGUAUGGAUUUUAUAUAUUCCUCGAGGUACCUAUCUAGCUACUUACUAGAGUUUUUUUAGCCUCUUAAAGAUUGUAGGGUUUCUACUUAGUAUUAAGAUAUGAUGGUAUUCUUCUUCAUUUGUAAGUGAGAUGUCAUAAAUUUGAAUGUCAUGAAUAGUGAGUUCUACCAAUUUAUUCUCCACACCUUAGUCGUAAAUAUAUUAGCGUUUGCGUUUAAGCCACACAAAAAAGGACAAAUGCAGUGGACAUGAGGAAACCUUAAAUGUAUACGGCCAACCUUGUGAAAUGAACAACAUGUAAUUUAAAUUGUAGGACUUUCAGUCUUUGGAAAACAAUUGAUGCCUUUGCAAUUGAAAAACAACAAAAUACAUGUUGCCAAAAGAAAAAAGAAAGUCAAAGUCAAUGAUAAAUUGGCUUCAGACGAGACAGCAAAGUUUGUGCUAAUUUUUAAAAUUUUGUUUUUAUUUAUUUGGUUGAAAGUUCAAACACAUAGGAUGACAGAAAUUUCCUACCUCCUUACCUAUCAAUUUCUUAUUUUAUUCUGUUGGGACAUUUCAUUGUGAAAUAUUAGCUAGAAAACUGCAAAAUGUAAGCUCUUCAUCAUUCAUUGCUAGGUCAAUGGCUGCUGCUAUAACCCUUAUGCGGCUGCAUGAUGGUUCUUCAUGCUUUUACCGGUGUAGCUAUCAUGCAUUCUUGAGUUUCAGAGGUGAAGAUACCCGCAAGGGAUUUUCCGAUCACCUCUACCGAGCUUUGGAGCUGGCAGGAAUCCACACCUUUAGAGAUGAUGAAAUUGAGAGAGGAGAGAAUAUUGCAGCAGAGUUGCACAGAGCAAUAAACGAGUCAAAAGUAUCAAUAAUCGUCUUCUCCGAGAACUAUGCAACCUCUAGGUGGUGCUUGGAUGAACUCGCAAAGAUCAUGGAACGAAGAAGAAGUGAUGAUGGACAUUUUGUUAUGCCGGUUUUCUAUGAUGUGGAUCCAUCCCAUGUCAGGAAACAGACUGGGAGCUUCGGAGAAGCAUUUUGUAGACACGAAGAGCGUUUCAAGGAGGAUAUGGAUAAGGUGGAGGAGUGGAGAAGAGCACUUAGAGAUGUUGCGGAUCUGGCAGGGAUGGUUUUGGAAGAUAGGUACGAAUCGCAGUUUAUCCAAGAUAUUGUUAAAGAGAUUGGAAAUAAAUUAGACCCCAAAGCAUUGAACGUUGCCCCAUAUGCUGUUGGUAUAGACGAUCGUGUGCGAGGCAUAAACAUGUGGUUAGAAGACGGAUCAAAUGAUGUUGGUGUAGCUGUGAUAUAUGGGAUGGGUGGAAUUGGCAAGACCACCAUUGCCAAAGCUGCUUAUAACCUCAACCAUGCAAGAUUUGAAAGUAGCAGUUUUCUUGCAGAUAUUAGAGAAACUUCAGAACAACCCAAUGGUUUCGUUCGCUUGCAAAGGAAACUUCUUUCGGAUAUCCAAAAGGGGAAAGCAAAUAAAAUAUACAGCACAAAUGAAGGAAUAAUCAAGAUCAAACAUGCUGUAUGUUACAAAAGAGUUCUUAUUGUUCUUGACGAUGUGAACAAUUUGGAUCAAUUUAACGCAAUUCUUGGAAUCAGGGAAUGGUUUUAUCCAGGAAGUAAAAUCAUCAUAACAACGAGACACGAAAAUUUGUUAAGGGCACAUGAAGAUCAUGCAAUGUUCAAGGUUGAGGAAUUGAAUGAGUAUGAAUCACUUGAGCUUUUCAGUUGGCAUACCGUCGGACAAUCCCAUCCAAUUGAAGGUUACAUAGAACUUUCGAGAUCUGUUGUAAAACAUUGUGGAGGGCUUCCGUUAGCUCUUCAAGUUCUCGGGUCUUCCUUGUCUGGGAAAGAAGUAGAUGUAUGGCAAAGUGCAUUACAAAAGUUAUACGAAAUUCCUAAUGGCAAAGUUCAAAAAGUUCUUCGAAUAAGCUAUGAUUCUCUACAAGAUGAUCAUGACAAAAAUUUAUUCCUCCACAUAGCCUGUUUCAUCAUUGGAAAGGAGAAGAAUUUUGCAAUUACAGUACUGGACAGCCUUGAUUUUUACACGAGGAUUGGAAUUCAAAAUCUGGUAGACAGAUGUCUCGUAAAAAUUGACAAUGAAGACAACAGGUUGGGCAUGCAUCACUUGCUUAGAGACAUGGGAAGGGGAAUUAUUCGGGAAGAAUCACCUCAAGAUCCCGGAAAACGUAGUAGAGUGUGGCAUAAAGAUGCCUUUAACAUUUUGAGAAAAAGAACUGGUACAAAAAAGGUUAAGGGCCUCAUGCUCGACCUGCCCGUGUUGAUGGAAGAUGAGUCUUACAAGACAUUAUUUGGUAAAAGUAACAGAAAACGAUGCCAUGUUGAAGAUUAUGAAGGAAAUGCUUCAAGACGUCGUCGGAUUGAUUACUUUUCUUGGAAAUCAAUUGCAUUGAGCUUUUCCUCAACAAAUUUAGCUCAACGUUCUACAUCAAAUGAGAUGGACUUCAAAACAGAGGCAUUUAGAGGGAUGAAUAGUCUUCAGCUUCUCCUGCUCAAUAAUGUCCAAAUCAAUGGAGACUUUGAAGAUUUUCCAAAAAAUUUGACAUGGUUGUCUUGGCGAGGAUUUCCUUUAAAAUCAAUACCAGCCAAUUUUUUCUUGGAAUAUCUAGUUGUUCUUGACUUGCGGAAUAGCAGCCUGGAACAUGCUUGGAAGGGAACCAGGUUUCUUGGAUGGAUGAAAAUUCUCAAUCUCAGUCAUUCGCACGGCCUUAAAACAACCCCUGACAUGUCGGGACUCCUUAACCUUGAGAGACUAAUUCUUAAAGAUUGCAUAAAUUUGGUCGAGCUCGAUGAGUCAGUUGGAGACUUAGAGAAACUUGUUUUAUUGAAUCUAAGGGACUGCAAAAAUCUCAUGAAGAUUCCAGCAAGUGUUAGUAGGUUGGGAUCUCUUCAGGACCUCAUUCUUUCCGGUUGCUCAAAGCUUGGUCUCCAUUCCAAUACGAAAGCAACAACUGAGGAACACUCCUCAUCUAUUGCUACAAAGAAAUUCAACCUGUUAUCAACUAAAUUAUGGCAAUCUAUCGUGUCGUGGAUAUUACCAAGGAAAAAUCUUGAAUUGACCGGUUUCUCAUUUAAAAGUACCACAUUCUUUAGAAGUCUUGCCAACUGCAAUUUAUCAGAAAUUCCUAGUGAUCUUGGUUUCUUAUCGGCGUUGAAGCAUUUGGAUCUAUCUGCAAACCCAAUUCUGAACCUACCACAAAACAUGAAGGAUCUUAUUAUGCUCCAAACUCUGCUGCUAGAAGGUUGCACAAAGCUUCAAACACUUCCAGAGCUCCCCUUAAGUUUAACAAGAUUGGAAGCGAAUCAUUGUACAUCAUUGAAAAGAAUAACAAAUUUACCAAACAUUUUCAGGUCAUUGUGUAAAAGUUUUUGGUAUUGUAAGAAAUUAGUUGAAGCUCAAGGAUUGUUCGAGAUAAAACUGUUGAGCAGUGUUGACAUAGAUCUGAUAAGAAACAUGGGCUUGUUCAACUUGGAAUCCACAGAAAGAUCUGAGGCCGAAAUGAUCAACUACUUGACAAAUACAACCAAGAAGUGUCCCCUCCAGGGAUUAAAGGAAUGCGGCAUAUUUAGCAUUUACAUUUGUGGGAGCGAGAUUCCAAAUUGGUUCAGCUACAGGAGCAUGGGUAAUUCCGUGUUGUCAGUCAUUAUACCUUCAGGUGUUAAUCUCAAGAUCCGAGGCCUAAACGCAUGUGUUGUAUACGCACGACAACCGGAUCAUAGGGGUGGUGUACAGGUUGCCAGUGAACAGUUUCUUAAAGUGAGUAAUGAGACCAAGGAUCGUAUGUGGACCUAUUCCCCCGUCACAAUGGGCAUUCCCAAAGAGAACGAAGACAUGUUGUGGCUAAGCCGUUGGACUUUCAGAGACAAUGAACUGGAGGGUGGGGAAGAAAUCCGCGUUUCAGUGAAGUGUGGUUUGUGGACAAAGGAGUUUGGAAUCGAACUUGUGUAUGAGGACGAGAAUAAGGGUAAGGAUGUUGCAUCAAAUAGUGAAGAUAUACUUCCUUGGAGCCAAAGUAAUGUAGUUGCUGGAGACGUGGCAGUAUCAACAUCAAUGUAUGAAAUGUGGAGAGGCAAGUACUUUCUUUGUAAUCAUAGGUAUCGAACUCAUCAAGCUCAAUUCAGAAGGAGGCAGGAGAACCCAGCUCAUGGCGAUUUUUCGUAUAAACCGCCUAGUUCCUUUCAUUUGAAUGAUUUCUUAUUUAAGCACGAGGUUGAUAUUGCUGAAAGCAGGAUAAUAAAGUAUCUUAAAAGAGCAGUGACAAUGUUAAACCUAUAUAUGUAAUACAAUCUAGGAAUCGACGUUUGUGGUUCUUUUCAAGUUAAAGUUAGAGAUAAUACAAGAGGUUGGCUUAAACAUAAUAAGUUAAUGUAUUUAUUUCCCGC